AUGAGCAAACUUCGCACAUCCUGGCAAGUAUUGGAGAAUUUCUGUCCGACCUUGGUCCUACAAUCUAACAAACAUAUUGGCGUUCACCGGGUACACCGAAUUAGCAGCACAUCGAUCUUCAACCGAAUCAAACAUACUGUUCUCGCAAGCCUAAACCUGGAUUCCUAUCCUGAUUUCUCUCCUGCGUUGUCAAUUGCCCUUUGUACUCCCAACCCUACCUCCCUGCCCACCUCCAUUUCCACCGUCCACAGCAUUUCCACUUCCCCUUCCACUCCCACCCCUGCUCCUGCUCCUGCUCCCACCCGCUUUCUUGCUCCCACCUCCUUUCUUGCUCCCACCUCCUUUCUUGCUCCCACCUCCUUUCUUGCUCCCAUCUCCUUUUUUGCUCCCAUCUCCUUUCUUGCUCCCAUCUCCUUUCUUGCUCCCAUCUCCUUUCUUGCUCCCGUUCCCUUUCCCGUUACUUGUGCCGCCGCGACGACUCUCCAAAGCGAUAUCACUCUCCAUCCCGUUCACGGCACGCGCAUGUACGCGCCGCUGGUGAAGGACGACGACAUAGCGCAUCAUGCAGUAGUAAAGAAGGAUGCCGAGGAUGAUGCUGAAGGUAACGAGGGAGAAGAGGACUGCGACCACCGUCGUGUUGACAUUCAUUGCGGCGUUGGACAAAGGUGUGCUGCGGUGUGGUGUGGUGUAAUUUAUGAGAAGUGA